UCUAUUUCUCCCACUAUCACUCCCUUUUAUUCUCUUUCUUUUUCUGCUUUGAGUGAAAGCAGCGAAGUUGAAGUUGUGGGAAUCAAUGGCAAAGCCGCUGAAGAAGCACGUCUUCCUCUUCUACUGUGCGGAAUGCGAAGAACUUGCUCACAAAGUUGCAGCUCAAUCCGAUUCCAUCACCUUACAAACCAUCAAAUGGAGGACAUUUGAUGAUGGUUUCCCAAAUAUUUACAUAAACAAUGCUCAAGAUCUACGCGGUAAUCAUGUAGCAUUCCUCGCAUCUUUCAGCCACCCAGGAGCUAUCUUUGAACAGAUAUCAGUCAUAUAUAAUCUCCCAAGGCUUUUUGCUGCUUCAUUCACGUUGGUAUUGCCCUUCUUUCCAACUGGCUCCUUUGAGCGAAUGGAAGAAGAAGGGGAUGUAGCAACAGCAUUUACCAUGGCAAGGAUCCUAUCAAAUAUUCCUAUUUCAAGAGGUGGCCCAACAAGUGUAGUAAUCUACGAUAUACAUGCCUUGCAGGAAAGGUUUUACUUUGGGGAUAAUGUUUUGCCUUUGUUUGAAACUGGAAUUCCGCUCCUGAAGCAACGCUUGCACCAACUUCCUGAUGCUGAUGAUGUAGUAAUAGCAUUUCCUGAUGAUGGAGCUUGGAAGCGAUUCCACAAGCUACUUGAUCGUUAUCCUGUGGUCAUCUGUACAAAAGUUCGUGAAGAUGACAAAAGGAUAGUGCGGAUCAAGGAAGGAAGUCCUGCUGGUCGUCAUGUGGUUAUUGUUGAUGAUUUGGUACAAUCUGGAGGAACCUUGAUUGAGUGCCAGAAAGUUUUAGCAGCCCACGGUGCGGCCAAGGUUAGUGCAUAUGUUACUCAUGGUGUUUUCCCAAAGCAAUCAUGGAAACGGUUCCUUCACAAGAAUGGUUUGGAGAUGGCGUUUUCCUACUUCUGGAUCACAGAUUCCUGCCCUCAUACAGUCAAAGCCAUAGCAGAUAAAGCUCCUUUUGAGGUUUUGAGUCUUGCAGGUUCCAUUGCUGAUGCUUUGGUGAUUUGAACCGAUAGGUUAUUGAUGGGAUUUCAAUGGUGCGAAUAUUAUGCAUAUCCUUAACAAUAAUCCAUAAGGGUAGAAGAGUUGUCCCCCACACCGUAACUGAUUCUGAUAUAUGAGUGAAUGCUGGAUGACAUCCUUUUUGGUGAAAUUGAUGUUUUAAUAUUACUGUUUUUGUUAUC